AUGUUGUUUCCAUCGUCGCGACCAUAUCGUAUACCAUCAUCGACUGCUGAUUCUCAGUAUGAAACAACAGGUUAUUCAUCGUCAUCUUAUACCAAGCGGCCGCGUUCUUCAAUUAAAUCGGAUCUCUAUGCUGUGCGUAAUGUUGCACCAAAUGGUAAUCCAUCCUCUCGUCAAUAUCCAUCAACUCGGCGACGUAGUAAUUACUCAAAUGAACCCCUAUCAGAUGUUUUAAAUUAUGAAUAUUCUCAAUCCGAACAACAUCAGCCGAUUUAUUCUACAAUUAAUACAUCACAACGGCCGACAGUAAACUAUCUUCUACCGUAA